AUGUCAUCCGAUGUUCCAGCCCCAGGGUCUAAGGUCAAGUCAGACAGCGAGUGGCAGGCCGUCCUAUCGCCGGAGCAGUUUCGCAUCCUGCGCCAGAAGGGCACCGAGAUUGCAGGAACUGGCCAGUAUAACAAGCAUUACGAGCCUGGAGUAUACACUUGCGCGGGAUGCGGCACCCCGCUUUACAAGAGCGCGACCAAGUUCGACAGUGGAUGCGGAUGGCCUGCGUUCUACGAUGCCAUCCCUGGAGCUGUGACCAGGCACGUCGAUAGCUCGUUUGGCAUGCAACGCAUCGAGAUUACGUGCACGGCAUGCGGCGGCCACCUUGGGCACGUCUUCAAGGGCGAGCGUUUCCCCACCCCGACCGACGAACGGCACUGCGUUAACUCUGUGUCGCUCAACUUCCAUGAGGAAGACAAGGCAACGGGAAAGGCUUGA